AUGCCACCUCCUUGCCCUGAAGUCCGUGGAGAAUUUAAAAAGUCACAGCCUGGCAGUGUUAGAUCCCCCAGGCCAAUUUUAUCGCUAGGAUUCAGCCAGGUCUCUGUGAUGAAUAAACAGCCCAAUGAUCGUGAUCUAAAAAAAGUAGUUCAAACUAAAAGACUUGUUGGAUAUUGAACAUGCAUUUUUGAGGACCAUCUGGUGGCAACAUCUGCAUUUUUUGCUUGAGUAACAGAUGUGUGUUUCAGCCUGCUGAGAUUAUUGAAAAUGAUCAGAGUACAGAGCAGGUGUGAUGCUAUUUAUCAGAGAAUAUUUUGCCUUGAAAGGGACCAAUAUCAAAAGUAUAACUACAAGAUUUGAAAAUGUUACAUGUUAAUAUGACUUUAGUGUGAUUUAAAAUUUACUUACUAACCUUAUCUUUGGAAAGUUGCAAAUUCUGUUAAUUGAGUUUAACUUGUAUUGAAGCUGGAACAUUGCUUUUAAGUUACACAUCUCUUUUUGAGUUCAUUGGAAGAUAGAAUGUCAAAAUGAGUUUGGUUGAAUUAUCCUUUUUCGUGUGAAUGCUGGCCUGUCUGUUUUUAUGCAGAACAAUUUGCCACUCAUUUUAUUUCCACUUUGCAAUUGGAAAAAAGUAAAGAAAACAAAGCAGCCAUGGUGAAUGUGUUCCAGAGCGUAUGACUUUCGACAGUGUAUAUAUUUUUCACUGGUUUGAGCAUCUUCAUGUUGCCACUGUAUAACUUUGCCCUGUCACUUUACAUCUCUGGAUCAUUAUAAUGAAGUCUCAAUAAUUCAGCUGGCAGACUGUCCUGCUGGUGCAUCUAUUGUCUCCUUUUAAUGAAGAUGUAAUGAGAGAGACUCAUAAUCUGGGAGUGUCAUUCUGCUUCACAAACCAAAGUAUUUUUGCUGUUGCCAUGGCAUCAGUGUUUCACUGUCUGGCUUCCUGUUUUGGUGCGCUGUUGCAAGACUGAGUUUCCUGUUUGUCCAGGACAGACAGAAAGUGAGCGAGUAAGAGCAGUUCUGGAGGUUGCCACAAGGUGUCAGCAGACUGGGGUAUGAGUCAUGACGUCUGUGGUGCUUGUAGACAGUGGUGGAGCCGUGGUGGAAUAUGUCACUGCGGAGGAGGACCAUUUACUGGAGGAGGGCGUGUGUGAGAUUGAGGGAGAAAUAGAAGGAGAGGUGGAAGGUGAAGCAGAGUAUCCUGCAGUGAUUGUGGAGCCAGUCCCCAGUGCACAGCUGGAGCAGGGGUUCGCUGCUCAUGUGCUUGUGUAUGAUGAUGAGACCUACCUAAUGCAGGGUGUAGCCGAGGAGCAGGAGAUCGAGACUGAGAUGGUGGAGACAGUGGAAGCUUCAGUUCAUGGCUCUAAUGUGCAGUGCUCAGAUAAAACCAUUGAGGCUGCUGAAGCUCUUUUACACAUGGACUCUCCCUCCAGUUUACGUGGCGACUGGAGCCCAGAAGUGUUUGUGCCUCCGUGUGUCAACACCUCUGAGUUCUUGCACGCUGCCAUGCGACCUGACGUGCUGACAGAGACUGUGGUGGAGGUCAGCACAGAGGAUUCAGAGCCUAUGGAGAUGGUUACUGUUAUACAGGAUCCUGAGGUGAUGGAGACAGAACCCACCAAGAGAAGAAAAUCUGGGCGGAAACCCAAACCCCAUCACAUUUCAAAUGGAUCACCUGAUCAAGGCAUCAAGAAAAAGUCUAGAGAAGGGAAAGGAAGUACUUACCUAUGGGAGUUCCUGUUGGACCUACUGCAGGAUAAGAACACCUGUCCCAGAUAUAUUAAGUGGACACAGAGAGAGAAGGGCAUCUUUAAACUGGUGGACUCUAAAGCUGUGUCAAAACUCUGGGGAAAACACAAGAACAAACCAGACAUGAACUAUGAAACCAUGGGCAGAGCGCUCAGGUACUACUAUCAGAGAGGUAUCUUAGCCAAAGUAGAAGGUCAGAGGUUGGUGUACCAGUUUAAGGAAAUGCCUAAAGACAUUAUCAUCAUUGAUGACGAUAAGUGUGACCCUGGUGAUGACCUGAGCGGAGAAAAGACCUACGAGCGUGUCCCUCCCUCUUCUGAAUCUCUGUUGACAGCUGACUUCUCCAAAACCCCUGCCAUCUUGAGAGGGGGCGGUAGGACUGUGGUCCACCCGGGUUCUCCUAAAGCUCCACUCACGGCAACUCCUGUUCAACGCAUAGUAACGAUCUCAACGACAACAGAUUCAUCACAGCCAUCCCGUGCCACCCUCAUCCCUAAUGCCAAUGCUCCCAGGACUGUGCGGGUUGCUAUGCAAGUGCCGGUUGUCAUGACGAACUCCUUGGGUCAGAAGAUCUCCACGGUCGCUGUGCAGUCUGCAAACCCUUCACUUUUCACCACAGCACCCACCAACACUGGCACAGGACCUGGUACAAAUGCACCCAAAGUCUUGUUCCAGACCAUGCCAACGAUGGUGCCUGCCACGGCAGAGAACGGUGAUAAGAUCACAGUCCAGCUCGCCAAAAUAAUCACUAUCCCCGCUACCCAUCUUGCGCAGUGCCAGCUACAGGCCAGACCUGGCACCCCUACGGGAAUCAAUCUGUUGGGUACUCCCCUUGCCGUCCGGGCCAUCACACCCAUGUCUAUUGCACCAGGAACGCAGGUGGUCCGGCUGGCAAUGCCAGCCCAGCAGAGUCCAGCUCAGGCAAAAACACAGGUCCCGAUUUCAAUGCAGAUGCAAGCGCAACUCCCAAUCUCUGUUCAGACUGCGUCCAAUCCAGUUUCAAUCCAGACCCCAACGCAGGUCACGGUACCUGCUUCAGUUUCUGUCCAGAAUCCGAUGUCGGUCCCAGUUCAGUUCCAGAUUCAACAGAACACAGUCCAAAACUCUGACUCAAAAACAUACAAUACUUCAGAACAAGUGAUCAUGGUCCAGAUGAGACUUGAGCAGGACAAUCCAAUACAGGAAGUAAUAGAGGUGGUAGAGGAGGAUUCAAAACCACAGUCUGAAGCACCGGAAAGCUGAAGAAUAAAGCAGAUUUGUCAUUCAUUACCAAUAAGAAAUGCACACAAUCAGACACCAUCCACAGAUACUAUUCAAUAAUAUUUUUUUUAACUAAUGUUUGGCAACAUGACCUUAUUGAAGAUUUCUGUUGACUUGUACAGUUUCAGAGUUCAAAUGUGGUUUCAUAUUUGACACAUCACGCAAAGACACAAAAAGCAAUGUGGCAUGAGCCUGCAUCAGUGCCACAAUUCUUACAUCAUGUGGAUAAAAUCUACAUACACAUCAAACAAUUACUGGAUAUCCAUCAUUUCAAUUACAAGUUUUUAAGGGGACCAAUGUAAAGAACACUACAGUGUACAUUCUCUGCAUACUUUUUUAAUUAUUUUUUAAAUCAACUGACACUAACAAGCGUUUAACAACACUAAAGUGUGAGUAGUCGAGAAGUAGUUGAGUUGAAAAGCAAAGGUGACCUUUUGAGGGAGGAUAAAUUCAAGUAUUUCUAAUUGUAUAGUGUUUUUUAUUUUAUGUUACAAUUGCAAGGGAAAACCUGCUAUUUCUUUUGACGAUCACACUUCCGUGUGUGGCUGUUUUAUAGGAACUUCAAAAUCGACUUUCCCUCUGCCUCUUCUAAGAGAAGAAAAAUUACUUUGGAUAUAUGAAUUAUACAGUUUACCGAAUGUAUAAACAAUGCAGCCUUAGAACAGUUUAAUUUUUGUUCUUGUUUUUCUUUUUCUAAGUCAAACUUAUUAAGCUUUUGUGUUAAGCUCAUGUUUUUUUUUAUUUCCCCACACCUUGUACCAAGCACAGUAUUGUUGGCAAACAAACUUCUAUUAUCUAAUCCUGGAUAGAUGAAAGAAAUGGGGUUUGAGUCAGUGGUAUAAUCAAGUCCAUGUCUACUAUAUGAGACUGGACGUCUUGAAUAAUGCCAGUUAUUAAUGACAAUUUGUUUGCACUGCAGUACAGUUUAAGAAAAAGGUCAAUCAGCAGCGUGCAUCCUCAUUGCAAGUACAAACGUUUCUUGCGCAUUUUUCUUUUGCGAUUCGCAUUUUAUUUGUCUUUAAAUAGGGAGAACAUGUUUGUCUUCAAAAAUAAUCUAGUUUGUAUAUUCAACAUUAAGUAUGUUCUAUUUUGUUAUACUCUUGUUUAAAUGUGUAUUCAAGUAGAUUUUACUCCAAUAUAAAAACUGUCAUGAAUUUGAGCAGUGGUGUUGUUUUUUAUUUUCCUACAUAAUGCUUAAGUUUUCACAUCUUUGAAGCCUGGUUGGUUCUCAUAGUCUCAGGAGACUAACAAAAGGUGCAGAUGCUCAGGACAAAUAAGAGCUAUUUGCUCAUGGGGACCCAGGUUUGAGUCUACUAGGCCCUAUCGGGUCUAAUUUCCUGUCUACACUCUACUGUCCUUUAAAAGCAAAAAGUCCAAUAAAUAAGUUCUCUCCAUAGGAUGCUGGCAUG